AUGCAGUUCUCUACCGUUACCGCCAUGAUGACUUUCAUCCUCGCUACCGCAACUGGUGUCACCGCCAAGCAUCACACUCAGCUUCACUGCAUCACUGCCUCCGGCAGCGGACAAUUCAUCUUCCCCUUCCCCAAUGAUGCUGCGACCAACAAGGUCUGCCCCGGCUUCUGCUCCGACUGCACGCUCGGUGAUGAUGAUGGUCACCGUGUCUGCAACUCUCCCGGCAAGCAGAUGGACGGCGAUGGCUUCUCUAACGCCUGCAUUGCUGCCGGCGCCAAUGGUAGCGACUAG